AUGGAAAGUUGUAACGCGCGAACGGUUGUUUUUCCAGUGAACGACUCAUCUACCAAUAAAAGAAAUGGAAAUCUGAAUUACUUUUCGACUCCCCUAGGAGGGGUAGGAGAAAAGUCUAGUAGAAAAUCAUCAGGGAAUUUUACAUUACUGAAACCCAUGCAUAUAUUGCUUAUAGCCCUGUUAUCCCUUUUAUUACAAAACAACCACACGCAUGAACAAACAGGAACCUUCAAAUUACAAUACUCUAGUAGAUACUCAAGAAAUUUAAGCGAACAACAUCGUAGAAAAUUACGCAUAAGUAACCACACAAAAACUACAGUAGAUGUAGCUCCAAAUGCCAGCGAUCAUUCUAAUGAUAAAAAUGAUAUUUCUGGUAGUCAAGUAAAUAGUAACAUUGGUGAUAAAAUUGAUGAUGAAGCUGCAAGUGUUAAUGGAAGUAAAGGUGCAAUUGCUAAUGGAAGUAAAUCUGCAAGUGCUAAUGGAAGUAAAGGUGCAAGUGCUAAUGGAAGUAAAGGUGCAAGUGCUAAUGGAAGUAAAGGUGAAAGUGCUAAUGGAAAUGAUCAUGAUUCUAUUGUUACUUUAAUUAAGAACAAAAAUACAAAGGAUUCUGUAGAUGGUGCUCUGAAAGGAAGCAGUAAUAUAAAAAAUGAUACCGAAGCUGACAGUGAAAAUAAAAUAAUGAAUACUACUGGAGGUAUGGCAAUUUCUGAGAAAUCAACAAAUCAGGAUAAUUCUACCGAUUCAAAAAAUGUAAAACAAAUGACCGUAAAUAUCAUAAGAGAUCUAGUUAAUAGUUUAGAUGAAACUGUACGUAUAUCACAAAUGAUAUACAUAUUUAUUCAUAUGAUGACCUUUGAGAGAAUAAAAUAUGAUAACCUAGAAAAUGAUUUAAUUAUUUAUGCCAAUAAGGCAGCAAACAAACUAGCUGUCCCAGAAGGAUAUAAAACUAAAGAAUUGAAGAAAGUUCAGAAUUCCUUAAAGGCAUCUGUCUUUGAAUUUGAAAAAAAGGCAUAUAGAAAUAUUGCAAACGUAAUUUAUUCAAGUGAACGAUCACGUAUUGGACUUGAAUUAGAUAUGAAAUAUUUUACGGGAAAAUGGAAUGCUUUCAGAAAAGAAAAAGAGAAUAUUGCCAAAAAGCAAAUAGAAACCGCCAUGAAAAAUUAUCAGAAAUGA